GUAAGCCUGGUAUUGGCACGCGUGCGCGUUGUCAACACGAUCAACAUGACUGUUGAAAUAUGUUUAUGGCGAGCAUUGAAUGAGUGGACGUAUAAUUAUAAUUUCGCGUAAAUUAUUAUUAUAUUUUGUUAACAUAUAAAAGUGGAAAAAAAAACUUAGUCAGAGAGAAUAUAUUCGAAAAUUUCCCUUGUGAUAAUUGAUGAUAUGAUUUUAACUUAUUAUUAUUGGCCAACGUUGCUAUAAACAAACUUCUAAACAAGGAAUGUUGAUCUGAUAAGUAAAAGUGAAAAUGUAUAGCUUCGAAGGUGAUUACAGGCGUAAACCGCAACAAAAUUUAUCCGGUGCUAGCAAAAGAGAUGAUAAAGCAAUAUUUCUUCAGCAUGCACAAUUGGAACGUUUGAAGAGACAACAACAACGUAAAAGGCACGAUGCUGCUGUCAAAAUACAAGCUCAUAUUCGUAGCUAUGUAAUAAGAAAAAUAAAUCGUAUGCACGUAAGAUCGGAAUUUGAUAAAAUGCAACAAACGAUUGGACAGAGAUUUUUAACUUUGGAGGAAUUAGAAUUGCAAACUCGAAAAUUAUUAUUUUUUUAUAAUCGCACAUUGGACGCAAAUAGACUUAUUUUGAUAUUACAACAUUUUUUUAAACAUCAACAGGAAAUUAAAUUAAAAUGUUUACAUUGUGCCGAAUGGUUAUGGAGGUUAAGAUGGAUUCUUCGUAUCUGCAUGCAAUACGAUUCUGAAAUAUUAAUUGGUGGAGCAUAUUCAUUGGCCAUUACAUUAAGAGCAAUGGAAAUUUUUACUGAUGAAGAAGCUACAGAAAAAAUCUUACAUAAAAAUAGUUAUCCAUAUUUUUACAAUAUAUUCAUUUAUCUAAUAAAACAUAGGUACUUUGAGCAAUUACGAGCUUUAAUAGACAAAAAGGUUCCACCUAUGUUAGAGACAUCGUCAAUUGCUCCAACACCAAUAUCAGAAUGUUUGUUAGAUAUGCUAAAGCGACCUUUGAAAUUAGUCUCUUCCACUGAAUCAAGAAAUAAUGAACAUAAUAUAUUAAUUUUACAAGAAUUUUGUAAAAACAUAUUAUUGCCGAAAUUGUCCAGUGCUGUCAAAAUGUUUAUUAUACCAGCUUUAGCAGAAUUUCCACAAUUUCCAUACAUACAAUUAAUUAAUUGUAUCAAUCAAUCGGGAAUCGAGCCAACAUUGAGUUUAUUAUAUUCAAUUUUGUCUUUAGAAUCAAAACAAGUCACUUUAUCCAAACUGAAAGUUACUCCAAUCAGUUACCUCCAGAUUCUCGCUGCAAUGAGUUCUGCUAUUAUACCUGCUGAAAUAAUCACCGAUGAAAACGUAGAAGACAUGGAAGAUUCGGAUAACGAAUAUAAUACCAGUAUGCUUGAUAUAGAAGAAGGUGAUAUUCUUCAAGAAUGUAUCAACAUGCUUAACGAACAGCAGCACGUUUAUCGAAUACUACAAAUACUUGAUCAAGGUCAGGAUCUAACGAUACUACAACCAUUGUGUGAAUUAUGUCAUAACUUAUUAAUUCAUAAUAAGUUAGCUACACACAAGUACAAAUUAUUGUACAUGCUUGCUUUUAAACCAGAAUUUUUAAAAUAUCUAUGGACAGCAUUGUUAUCGGUGCAUCAAACAUCGAUAUUUGGAGGAGCUGCUCCAUUAUUGCAAGUCAUUUCACGUGGUAUACCUCUUUCUGCGGAAGAUUCUAAAAAGAUAGUACCAUUGUUAGAUGUAUUUUGUUCAUUGUUUUCUUUACUAAUAGCAACGUUACAUGAUUCCGAAUUUUUUAUUAAAGAAUCAGAUCAAUUAUCAAACGACAAUACUCAACAGGCUAUGCCAUUUACUACGUCAGAAUUGGUGACAUUAUCUAUUCAUUUAAAAGAAGUAUGUCUGGGUUUGGUCGAACUUGCUUUUCCAGAUACAAGACCAACUAUUGGAGAAGAUUAUAAGAAUGCUUUGGGCUCGUCAUAUGCAAUGCGAACGACAUUAGUAACACACAUAAGGACACAUUUAUUUAAAGUUACCGUUGGUCUCUUACGUCAAUUACAUACGAGAAAUUUAAGAAGACCAUUUUGUCCUCCGGAUCAUUGGAUUACAUCAAAUAUAGUCAUUCCUAUAGAUAAACCACAAGACUUUACAUUUCGAAGACGCAGACUUAGAGGCUAUGUACCAUUUCAAGGACUUAGAGGUUUAACGCGUGAAGAUUUGAAAGAAGGUCCACCUUUGUCAGCAAAAGAAGUUAGAACUUUAACGUUACUUCGUGAGAUGCCUUUUGUAAUACCUUUCAAUGAUCGUGUUGUAGUAUUUCAAUCAUUAAUUUAUCACGAUAAAACCGAACAGCAAGGUGAAUUUACUCAUUUUGCUUAUAAACCGUCUAUACAAAUAACUGUUAGAAGAAAUUAUUUGUACGAGGACACAUUUGAAAAAUUAUCUCCCGAGAAUGAACCAGAAUUAAGAUUAAAAAUGCGCGUUCAAUUCGUUAAUACUGCUGGAUUAGAGGAGUCUGGUGUAGAUGGUGGUGGAUUGUUUAGAGAAUUCUUAUCAGAAUUAUUGAAAACAAGUUUUGAUCCUAAUAGAGGAUUUUUUAAACAUACAAAAGACAAUAUGCUCUAUCCAAAUCCAACGGUACAUUUGUUAAUGGAUGAUUUUCAAAAACAUUAUUAUUUUAUUGGCAGAAUUCUUGGUAAAGCCUUGUACGAAAAUUUAUUAGUAGAAUUGCCAUUUGCUGAAUUUUUCUUAUCAAAAAUCGUUGGACUUCAAUCUGACGUUGAUGCUCAUCAUUUAGCUUCAUUGGAUCCAAUCAUGUAUACGAAUCUUUUAUCAUUGAAAAGUUAUAAAGGAGAUGUUACUGAUUUAGAAUUGGAUUUUACUGUAUUAUCCGAUGAAUUAGGAGAAAAAAGAAUAGAUGAAUUGAAACCAAGUGGUGCUAAUAUUCCUGUCACCAAUCACAAUCGUAUCGAAUAUAUACAUUUGAUGGCGGAUUAUAAAUUGAAUAAACAAAUUAGGGCACAAUGCUAUGCAUUCAAACAAGGUAUUGGCAGUGUAGUUCCUUUAGAAUGGUUACAAAUGUUUAAUAAUAAAGAACUUCAAGUAUUAAUAUCGGGAGCACAAAUACCAGUUGAUGUGAAUGAUUUAAAAUUACAUACAAAUUACACCGGAGGAUAUACACCCGAUCAUCCAACUAUCACUGCCUUUUGGAAAGUUGUUAAUGAAUUUAAUGAUCAACAAAAAAGUAAACUGUUGAAAUUUGUUACGAGUUGUAGCAGACCACCUCUUCUUGGAUUUAAGGAACUUGAUCCACCCUUUUGUAUCCAACAUGCUGGCACAGUAGAUCGCUUGCCAACUUCUAGUACCUGCAUGAAUCUUUUAAAACUUCCUGACUUUCCUAAUGAAAAAACUUUACGUGAAAAACUUCUAUAUGCCAUAGAAGCUGGUGCAGGAUUUGAACUAAGUUAAAAGCUGGGAGAAAAAAAGAAA